AUGUCCUAUGUUGAUACUAACGAUAGGAAUGGUUGCAACACGACCGUCAAACAAGAACGAAACACCAAGUUGGACUGCGAUGAGAGUGAUGACAAUGAUGACAAUGAUGACAAUGAUGACAAUGACGACAAUGACGACAAUGACGACAAUGAUGACAAUGAAGACAAUGAAGAGAAGCAGGCCCAUAUCAAGAAGCCAAAGCCAAGGAACAAGCCUGGACCGACAUCAAGAAAAGCCAAACAGGCUAAGAAAGCAGCAGCGACAGACGCUGUAGCUCAACUCAAGCUGGAGAUGGCGAAAACCAAUGCGCGAGAGACCAAGGAAGCGAAUCAGCCACCAAUAUCAAAGAAGAUCCGUGGAGACGUUGAGGCUGCGAAGAAGACCCUGUUGGAAAGGAGGGAUGAGGAGCAGGAAGGGGAUCAGAUGAUCGCGAUGUUGGAGUUGUUGGAGAGAAAUGGCGAAAGGGCAAGGAUCAUGCGCAAAGCAACGAUGAAGGCACAAGGCAAGCCUGUCAGCAAAAAACUUAAGCCUGAUAUUCUCCAUUUUUCCUCUCAACCGCCACUAAGUGGCCUUCGCCAAGACUGGUGCCAAGUAGUGGCCAAGGAAGUUCCUAACACCUCUCGCAGACAUACUAGUAGCACUGCACCAAGUCCUCCAACAGUCAAGGCAGGAAUGCCUCGCAAUACUGUUCGUCCAGGUAGCUUCGAGUUCGAGGACGACACCGAUCCUGGAGAUGAUCCAAAGGAGUGCGUGAAGAUGCAGAUACCUGUACUCGAAGGAGACGACAACCCGCUGUUGGCUCCCUUGUCCAUUGACAUAAUCAAGAAUCCUCCUUCCAAGACCACUAACCGCUCCGCCUCCAUCUCUCCAACAGCAACUCGUGCGCUCAACAAGUCUCAAUGCUCGGGUCCCCUUCCUCCAGUCCCACAUGACAAUAUGAUGCAUGCCGAGCAAGAGGUCAAGCAAGAGGUCAAGCAAGAGGUCGAGCAAGAGGGCAAUGAGGAGGUUGUGAAACCCUAUAGACACUACAUGCGCAAGAUGAAAGUUGUUGGCCACCAACUCAAACGGCCUUCACCCGAAAUCCAGGGUCCACAAACCAACUCCAACCCGGAUCGAUCGUCUCAUAAUCGCACAGCUGCGUUGAAGUCUAGCUCAGGCAAUAAAAGAUCAUCAACCAAGCACCUUCAAUCUCGCAGCAACACGAGCUCAAAGGCAGGCCAUAACGAUGGACGUCAAAAGCCGAGAGAACCUAAUCAUUCUGCUACAAAGGCCUUGUCCUCCCAACUCCACGAAUUCGGUACUGACGAUGACAACAACAACAACAACGGAUCAUCACACACACCACGAGGUCGUGUCAAAUUCACCAAAAAUGACCUUCCCCCGGGAUCCCAUCGUCUCUUCGAUUCUCUUGUUGUCCCAAUGUGGAUCGAGUGUAUCUCCUGCCUCGACAACAUGUGGGACAUAUCAAAUUUCGCUGACGAGAUACAAUCAAUAUGGGAUUUAUACAAGAUUUUGAUGCAGUGCGCAUAUGACUACCGCAGCGACUUCAGUGAAUGUGCUCAAGUUGUCGUCCGAAAGUUCAUCGAGAAGGAGGGCUGGACACCCAGCGAGAUUCGCGAAGUUGUCGCAUAUGUAGUUCCGCAGCAGGCCAAGUUAAUUGACUUGAGGGGAAAACCUAUCCUUGUCAAUCCUCCGGUCUAUCCCUACAUGUGGAAAGAGUGUGUCGGAGAUGAGGCAGAUCCAGAUGCUUAUCACGGAGCUUUCGAAGACCAUUGUAUCCUCGACAUGUUCGCACUUUAUCUCGAAUACAUUCACAAACUCCCAACUCCUUACCGUCGUCGCGCGAUGCCUAAGGGUGCUUUGUCUAUUGCAACUGUUGCGGUAGAACGAACGUGGAAGAUGUGGUCUACAGGGACCUUUGAGAAACCAACCAAUGCAUCACAUCGGCAUGCUACUUGUCAUAAGUGGAAGAAGAUUUUUAAAGGUGCUAGUACUUUCAUAGAUGCUCAUCGGAAACGCCCCACUCGGUGGGCGCAGGCCCAAGCCAAGGGCAUGGGUAUGAAUGGUCGAGCCACAUGUAUUGAUGAAGACUCUCAUUCAGAUUCUGGUGUAGAGACUCAUGCCUCUCAUGGUGUGAUAUGGCACCUUUCACUAGGAAGUUCACAGCAUGAACUUGUAGUAUCACUCUGUGUGCUACCCACAGUUAUCCCUAUAUGA